CGCUUUGAACAAAUACGUAUGUAUGACAGUCGCGCACCGAUAUUUCGGAAUCUUGCGAUCCCCGCCGAAUCAAUUUUCGCGGAUCGCAAAAAUUUUUCUUCUCCAACAUCCAAUUGCGCGCGCGCGUGUAUGCGGUUCGUUCGGCCGAAAUAUCGCAGGUGAUUAAUUAACGUGAGACGUAAUGGCGUUCCGUGCCCCCUCGCAUCUGUAAUCAUCUACUACUCGGUCGUAACGAUGUUCAUGACGUGUGAUCGAAUUACAUACUACGUUGGAGAGUGUUGAGUUCCCGACCCCCUUCGCGACUUAUUUAUCAUUUUUGCCCUGUCACCGUGUGACCGAAUAACAUAAAUUGUAACACUUGAUUCACGACGACGGACGAGAUGGAUAGCAAUAAGGACGAGGCCGAGCGAUGCACGGAGCUCGCGGAACGGUUUAUACGAGAGAGAAAAUACGAGGAGGCCGAGAAGUUUGUUCGCAAAGCCCAAAAGCUUUAUCCGACGAAGAAGGCUGAGGAACUGUUGGCAGAAGUGGCGAUACUUUCAAAGCAAAACCAGAAACCCGAAUCUGCAGAGCCUACUGUUAGAAAACGUCAAAAUGUAACUAAAGAUGGAACACAUUCCCAGACUAAUUCUGAAUAUACAAAAGAACAAUUGGAUCAUGUGAAAAGGAUAAAGAAAUGCAAGGAUUAUUAUGAGAUCUUAGGAGUCAGCAAAGACGCUACAGACAGUGAUAUUAAAAAAGCUUAUAAGAAAUUAGCUCUUCAAUUACAUCCUGACAAAAAUAAAGCACCAGGCGCAGCUGAAGCUUUUAAAGCUAUUGGUAAUGCAGUCGCUAUUCUUAUCGAUGCGGAGAAGCGAAAACAAUAUGACUUGUAUGGUCCUGAAGAAGAACGAUUACAGAAUGCGCAACAUCGCCAAGGUCAUACACACUAUAACUAUACUCGUGGAUUUGAAGCCGAUAUCACAGCUGAGGAGUUAUUUAACAUGUUCUUCGGUGUUGGCUUCCCGCAACAAGAAUUUUAUAUGCGUCGGUCAGGUGGAAGAUGGACGAGGCAACAAGACGCGCAAGCGCAACAUACCCAUUCUCAGCAAGCAAAUGGAUAUACCACAUUUCUUCAAAUGUUACCAGUUUUAUUACUAAUAUUGUUAACUAUGAUGAGUAGUUUCUUCAUAUCUGAUCCAGUAUAUAGUCUGCAUUCAAAUUCGAAAUAUUCUGUAGCUAGGACCACUCAAGUUUCACAUAUUCCAUAUUAUGUUAAGGAGAACUUUCACAGUGAAUAUCAAGGCAGUUUACGUAGGCUAGAAAUAUCAAUUGAAGAAGAGUACUUCAAUAACUUAAGACAAGCCUGUGCCAGAGAGAAGAAUUACAGAGAAGCUAUGAUGUGGAAAUCCCGUAAUUUCGGAGAUCAUGAUUUAUACUUGAAAGCUAAAAAUCUCGAAACGCCUUCAUGUAAGAAAAUACAAGAACUGCAAGAUAGUCUGAAACUCUGAUAGGCGAAAAAUAUUAAUUAAAUAAAAGUCUAUUGUAGAUAGAUGUAUAUUAUAUUUAUACGUAUAUAAUUGUUUUUGGGUGUGAAGAAAAUUUGACGUAUAAAAUGCAAUAUCAUGUUUCUAUACAUCCAGAGGGUAAAUCAUAUAUUUCAAAGUUCACACAGAAAACAUAUUUAGACUACCUUUUAGCUGUUUAUUCUAUGCAUAAAUUGUAAACUGCAUAAUGAAUGACUGAUUGUGCAAAGUGAAUGAAGUUUUAUUCUUUAGUUGGACUUGCGCAAGUGAAAAUACGUAAAAGAAAAUUUCUGUUAUAAUUCCUAUAAUCUCUUAAAACAAAUAUGUGUGUGUUUGUAUAUAUACAUGUAUACAUAUACAUACAUGAGAUUUGUAAAUCUGUUUUGAAGAUUAGUUAAAAAUUAUAAACAUAUACAAAGAAAAUAAUAUAUAAUGCAUUCACAAUAAUAUAAUGCCUUUAACUUUCCAUACAAACUGAUGAUGCAGUGAAAUAUUCUUAGGAGAUGUAAUUCAUUUUGAAUACUCAGUUAUUUAUAAUGAACGAAAUGAAAGCCUCUAGUACUCCUGUUAGUAUGAUCACAUAGAUAACUUAGAUGGGAUGAGUACAUCAUGUGUAUGUAAUUUCACAAAUUUGCAAGUCCACAAUUUAUUUCGUGAUAAUGCCUUUUUCGAUUGUAAUUGAGAAAAUAUAAAUGCAUCUAAUGUCAGUUAUUCAUAUUUAUAUUUGGAAUGUUGUAACACAGUGGCCUAUUGGUGUAUGCAUUUUUGGCAAUUUUUAAAAAUAAAUUUAUGGUUAUACAAGUAUAAUUUAAAGGAGAAGAAGAGGAAAUAAUUCGAUAAGUAUGUAUAUGUCUGAACAUUUUAAAUCUCCUCAGUCAAUUAACUAUUUUUUUCAAAGUCUCUUAAUUUCUAUAUUGAGUUAUAGUUAUUGAUUUUAUAAACACAGAUGAAAUUUAAAUAAUAUAUUAAAUAUAAAUUACAGGCAAUAUACAUUAUGUCAAAUUGCAAUCGCUUUUCACUUGAAUUAUACUUAUUUCGAUAUUUCUUUUAUCAAUGUUAUAAUUGUAGAGAACCUAUAUAUGUACAUUGACAUAGUAUUGUUCAAAAUUCAAAUUAGGUUCAUAUUAAGUUUAUCACAAUUUUAAUAGAUAUAAAAUAAUAUAUAAAAAUAUAAAAUUUUUAAUAUAUAUUUCUAAUAAAUUCUUGUAUUUAUUUCUAGAAUUGUUAAAAGGAUUUUUCAAUAUUUAUGUAAAAGUUUAGUCAAGUUAUUUGUGAGUGAACUUUUCUCUAUUCUAUUUUCAUCUGUUAUUUAUUAGACGCUAGUAACAGAUUUUUCUUAUUGUUAAUAGCAUAUAAAAGUGAGAUAACAAAAUUUGUUUUAAUGAAGCAAUAUGAAAGAUAUUUCAUAUUUCUUAUGCAUCGAUAAAAAAUUAAUCAAAUUAUAAUUAGAGUGAUAAGUUUCGAAAAUAUUUGUGAUUUCAAAUGCAAAUGGUAUUAAAUCUCUGUGUCGAUAUAUAAUAAUAGCGUGCGUCUUAGUAUGUAAUUACAAAUCGUACAAUUUGUUAUGUAAAUUUUAGUUAUAAUUUAUUGUUAUUAGCAGUUUUUAGCAUAGACGUAUUUAUGAUACAAAUAUAAAUUAUGUUUAAAAAAA